GUGUUGGAGUUGUUGAGUUAGUUCGUCCUACGUAUAACAAUGGGACAACCCACGCGUGCCGUAACAGAACCCAUUACACAAGCCAUAGUUUGAGUCCGUGUUGCACGUACCCGCAUAUUUCUUGGGCUUCAGUAAUUGCUUUAGGACGGGAAAUGCGGUGCCACCACCCUGUUCCACAUCGGUGUUCUUCCAGGGAAUGAAAUCGAAAUAAUGACAGGCAGCUGUGUAAAUGUUUGCUAACAUUUCCAGAGAAGUUAAGUAGCUGCCUCUAUUUUCAACAAUUGAAAGUCAGACAGUAACAAUUGGAAAGUAGUGAGGUUAACAUGUUUCGAGUGAGUGCGGUUCUGUUGACAUUCGGGUUGGGAUGUUUGAGUUGGGGCAGCACUUGUGCCAGCUACGCUGAAUCCGAGGACGGAGUGCAAAGUUUGCUCGAUGUGGAGGAAAUUUUAGUAAAACAAUUUGAGUUAUAUCUGGACAAAGCGGAGAAGGAGCGAGACAGUAUUAUGAGAUUUUUGGACCAUGUGAAUCACUUGCAUAAGGAUAUGGACGAACCAGAGGAGUACUUUGGUAAUCCAAUCAAUGCCUUCACCACCAUCAGCCGCUUCGCAAACAACUGGAAACACGAGAUCUUCGACGUAGUGCUGGCCCACGAAAGCUAUACGGAAUUCAAACAACGAUUGACCAACGAGCUGGAUAGGCACGAACUAGAGGAGCCAACAAGUGAGGAUCUCGUAGGCGCCACACGUGAUCUAUUGGAUAUGCAGGAGAGCGAGGGCCGAGCUACAUCGGAGCUGGCAAAUGAAGUCAUCUUCGCAGAUGAAGAUCGAGGCGAGAAUGUGACUCUUAGCGCCAGCGAUUGCUACGUCAUCGGACGCCAUCUCUGUCAGGAGCAACAAUACGACUAUGCCACCGAGUGGCUGCUGCAGGCGCGGCAGCAUGCCUCGCACGAUGCGUCAACAUUUCCCAAUAUCACCCAGGCGCAGAUUCUGGAACACUUGGCCCCGGCACUCCAGGAGCUGGGCAACAACAAACUGGCAAACAAGCUAAACAAUGAAAUUCUGAAGUCUGAGCCCACUCAUGAGGCAGCUCUCAAAAAUAAAAUUGUGCUACAGAAGAAACUGGCGCUUGAGCGGAUCCAUAUCGCAAACCUGAAAGUAGACUUAUAGAUGAUUGAAGAGCAACAAUUAAUGGAAAUAAGUUGCAGUAAUAAGUCUUUUCUGUGACAGUCUAUAUGAUUUUAAAAGAUUUUUGCCUCUUCAUAUAAUGUACAUAAACAAGAAAUGAAAUGAAAUUCAUAAUAAUGUGAAUGCUAAUGCUUAAAUGUAUAGAUAUAAUAUACCAUACGACAAGAUAACUCGCA